ACAACUAAUUUGCAUGUUCUGACGAACGUCUGGAAAGUUCGCACGUUAUACAGAAAAUACAGAAAGUAAAACGAAGAUACAGGUUCACGUGAAAGAAAACAAUUUUAAUAGUUAAACAAAGGAUUGAAAGAUGGUGAAGGAGACUGGUUACUAUGAUAUUCUGGGUGUUAAACCUAACGCCACUCCAGAUGAGAUCAAGAAAGCCUACAGAAAAAUGGCAUUGAAAUACCAUCCAGACAAAAACCCAGAGGAUCCAGAAAAGUUCAAGCAUAUAAGUCAAGCCUAUGAGGUUCUGUCGGAUGCAAAGAAAAGAGAGACCUAUGACAAGGGUGGUGAAGAAGCUAUCAAAGGUGGGGGAGCUGGGGGCGGUUUUGACUUCCAUUCACCAAUGGAUAUAUUCGAUAUGUUCUUUGGUGGUGGUGGACGGAGCAGACAGCGGGGCCCACAGAAGGGUAAAGAUGUUAUACACCAGUUACGAGUGUCGCUAGAAGAUUUGUAUAACGGUACAACAAGGAAAUUGUCCCUGAAGAAAAAAGUUAUCUGUGCCAAAUGUGAUGGUAAAGGCGGGAAGGAAGGCGCUGUCGAAAAAUGUUCAAACUGUAAAGGUACCGGUAUGCAAGUACACAUAAGACAGCUCGGGCCAGGGAUGGUUCAACAGAUGCAGUCAGUGUGCUCGGAGUGUUCUGGAAAAGGGGAGCAAAUUAAUCCAAAACUAAGAUGUAAGACAUGUCUCGGAAAAAAAGUGGUGGAUGAUCACAAAAUAUUAGAGGUCCAUGUCGACAAAGGUAUGAAGGAUGGGGAAAAUAUCGCGUUCCAUGUGCGACAUAGAAACAAUGGAAUGAAAUGCGUUCCAAACAUGACAAAGAAACCAUGA